ACGGUAGAAAAGGGAAUAGGGGGAUUUGUUGGAAUACGAAAUUGGCUCAGGUCGCGUGACUUUUGACAGUGCCAAUUCAAAAGGACUUUAGGAAGUCAGUCGACUGACGUUGUUGCCACCAGCUCGUCUGUUUCAGACAUAAUGAUCAAGAUAUGGAGUAUGAAGGCCAAAGAGGCCGCUGCCGAGAAGAAGAAGCCCAAAACCAGUGCGGCUCAAAUCCGAGUUCAAAAAGAUUUGGCCGAACUGGAAAUACCAUCCACCAUUGAAAUGACUUUCCCAGAUCCAGCUGAUAUUCUCAACUUUGAAGUCAACAUUCGCCCCGAUGACGGAUUCUACAAGGGCGGUCAAUUCCAUUUCACCUUUAACAUUAACACCAAUUACCCUCACGAGCCUCCAAAAGUACGAUGCACACAAAAGAUAUACCAUCCAAAUAUUGAUUUGGAAGGCAACAUUUGUCUUAAUAUAUUGCGAGAAGACUGGAAGCCUGUUUUAUCACUUCAUUCUGUACUAGUUGGCUUGCAAUACCUUUUCUUAGAGCCAAAUGCUGAUGACCCGUUGAAUAAGGCUGCUGCUGAAGAUUUAAGAGCAAAUCGACGUGCUUUUGAGCAGAAUGUACGACUUUCUAUGCGAGGGGGCCUUCAUAAGGGAAUUUCUUAUGAUAAUGUCAUAGCUUAAUAGUAGUUAGUGUAUUGUAUCGGUCUCGAUAGGCUCCCUGUGCAGGUGUACCUUUUUUUAAAAAGAGUUUGUUGAGCAGCCAGUUUACAAGCAAACAAACAUAUCUCAAUGUAUCGCACUUGCUUUUUUUUUUACAAUAUUUUUUCAUUCAUAUCUCGUUUCUCAAUGUGUAGUUGUAUAGGCAAAUGAAAAAGAAAAGGUAGUGAAAUGGCCGCGUUACGCC